UCUUAUUGUUCAAUAUGGUUUCCGCAAAGACAUUCAUUGCCUCAUCUAUCGCAGUUGCUGCCAGUUUCAUUACUGUUGAAGCCGCUGUUGCCCCCACCUAUCCUUCACCUGGUACAAUUCAAACUUCUGGACAAGCUUAUGACAUUACUUGGACUUUUGACGGAAAGAACGCCAGUGCUAAAUAUCAAAUUGACUUCAUGACUGGUUCCAACGAUAACCAAACUGUCUUGUAUAAUGUCGCAAAGGGUGUUGAUCCUUCUCUCUUGAAAUACUCUUUUGUUGCUCCUCAAGUAGACCCUAACUCUGCUAUCUACUUUUUCAUGUUUACAGGUGAUAAUGGCGAAUAUGCUUGGACUACUCGUUUCGGUAUCGUUGCCGCUGCUGGUCAAAACCUUACCGCUGAACCUAAGCAAAAGCAACCUAACGGUGAUGCCAUUCCUUGGGGUAACGGUAAAUUAGCUGCUAAUGCCACUACAGCUGCCUCAGUCUCGGGUGUUGUCUCCUCUUCUGCUGUUGCCGCUGCCUCUUCUUCCGUUGUUCCUGUUGCCUCUUCUUCUGCUGCUGAUGCUGCCGCUACUACUACUGUAGCAACCGCUGAUAGUGCUGUUGCUGCUGCCGCUGUUGCUGCUGCUUCUUCUUCUGCUCCUGCUGUUGCUCAAGUUGCCGCCAAGAGCAACACCAGUGGUGUUUCCAUGCUCAAGCCUGCUCUCACUUUAGUUUCUGGUCUUGCUGCUGUUUACUUUGCUCUUUAAAGCACUUAGAUUCUGUUUAUUAUUAUAAUUGAACAAUUGUAAUUCUAUAAUCCUUAUUCCGCAUUUUAUUAUUUAUUUUGCAUUUUUUUUCUCAUUAAACAUAUUAUUCGAGUUACACUUGCAUUCUAAAAAUAAGUGUAUUGUGUAUUGCCCAAAUAAGUGUUUUCUAAAAAUACGGAAUAAUCUACUUGGAAUAAAAAAUGGUUUAUCGGCUGAAA